UUAAAUAAAUGAUGCCGUUUACGACAUUUUCAUCAAAUCAUUUUUUAAACAUAAACUUUUUUGAACUAUUUUAUUGAAGCGAAUUCUAACUAUAAAAAUUUGUCUAAAAGUCCUUGUGUAACAUUAGUGAUCUAAGAUGACUCAGUUUAAUACAAACAAUUCGAGCUUAACUGCUAUUCCACAGAUAAAUGAUGAAUUGUUUUUUGAAACUUUUACAAAAAGUCAAGAAGCACUAACUAACAAUUUAUCCCAUAGAAUGGUUAAGCGUACUGAGGAACUUAAAUAUAAUAUAUCUAUGAUUUUUAAUUUGAAGAAAAACUUUGAAAGUUUGAAAAGUGUAUUAUCACAGGACAACUUGAAAUAUGAUCAAUUUUAUCAACAAAAACAAUAUUUGAACGAUUUGAAACUUCAAAUGGAAUUCUUAUUAGAAGAAAUGAAAAAUUAUAAACAAUAUUUACCUGUUCAAAAAAAGCUUGCCUUAAUUCCUGAUCAUGUGAAAAGAAAGAAGAGAAAUCGAAAGUCAAAGAAACUUGAAUGUAAACAAGUAAAAAGUUUUAUUAAAAGUAAAGUUGGUAAAAAGAAGCCUAUUUUGAAGGAUGAUAUUGAAAAUUUAUGUAGAAGUAACCAUAUAAGGCUUUCAGAAGUAAUUUCAAGAAAAACCGAAGCACAGAAAUUUAUAAAUUUACUUCAAGAUGUGACUCAAUUAAGAAAAGUUAAACUUGCAAAUGCAAGAGUGGAAGGAAAAGUAUAUUCUGAUGAAACCAAUGCUGUAGUUGAAAAAAUAAUUAAUGGGAUAAAGGAACAAUGGAUACACUUGAUAAAUGAGUAUAAUUUAGAAGAACGUAAUUUAAAAGAAAUUAUGAAAGAUGAUACUUCAAAUAAUUCAUCAAAUACAGCAAAACUACAUUAUUGGGAAAAAAUAUUAUUUGGUGAUGACAUCUGCAGGACUUCUUAUGACAGCUUAGAAGAAAAUUUAAAAAAAUAUUAUGCUUUGCUAAGAUGUAUGUGGGAUGAUUGUAUUGAUACGAAUGAAGGAUCAAACUUACCUCUUGGCUGGGUAAUGCCACAAGAACCAUCUCACCCUACAUGGGAAGAAUAUGUCAAAAAGACAUCCAAUUGAAAUUUUAAGGACCUAAAAGUUAAGGAUUCAUCUUCUUUCAUUUGUUUGUAAUAAACUUACACUGGCACAAUUACCUAAGAUGAUUUCCACAAAACUCUUACUAUGAUAAAACAGGCUGCAAAUAUGUACUGCAUAAGGAACUAUGUAUAAUAUAUAGUUUUUUAUAUAGAAGAUAUAUAAGAAUUUAGUAUUUGAGAAUCACUUAAUGUACCUUAAUUUAAUAAUGUUUCUAAAAUUGAAUGCUGAAUGUUGAAACAUAAUAUAGCUUACUUUAUUACAUAUUAAGAAUUAAU